UGGAUCAAAUCUGCAAAGAAGAGGAAAAUGUCUUCUAAACCCAUCAGCGUGUUGAUAACAGGAGCCAACAGAGGCCUGGGUCUGGAGAUGGUCAAACAGAUGGUGGAUACACAGAGUCCCUUGACACCUUUGAGUGUGCUGUUCGCUUGUUGCAGGGAUCCGGAUGGACCCAGAGCUGAGGAGUUACGAGCUCUGGCAAAGAAACACCCAGACAUCAUCAAAGUCAUAUGCAUGGACACUGCAGACCGGAGCAGCAUCAGGCAGUCAGCUGAACAGGUGGGCUCACUUCUGGGAGAAAAAGGCCUAAACCUCGUUAUUAACAAUGCAGCCAUCUUAAUCAACUCAACUCUAGUCGACUCCACUCCAGAGGACAUGGCCAAAACUUUCAACACAAAUGUAAUCGGCCCCAUGAGUGUCAUUCAAGAGUUUCUUCCUUAUCUACGUGCAGCAGCAAAGAACAGUGAGGUGCCUGGGAUGUCUUGUCGAAAAGCAGCUGUGGUCAACAUGUCCUCUAUUAUUGGAUCAAUUGAAAACAUUCAAGCUAUACAAAAAUAUCUGACAGCAGUCCCAUAUCGCAUCAGUAAGGCGGCUCUGAACAUGCUGAACGCUUGUGCUGCUUUUGAGUUCCAGAAGGAGGAGAUUCUGUUCACUGUGCUGCACCCGGGGUGGGUCAGGACAGCCAUGGGCACAGCCUACGCCCCCAUAGACCGUGAGGAGAGUAUCCAGGGGGUGCUGCAGGUGAUAAACUCCAUGUCUGAGAAGCAUCACGGAGUUCUGACAGAUUAUAAAGGCCAGACCAUAAACUGGUAAAUCUGAAUGAAACUGCAGCAUAAUCUCAAAGGAUUAAAGAGCCUUCUAUGUAACAAUGCAUUUAUAUUCACUAAUAAAAUGUAUUGUGGCUGU